GACUUUUCAACUUUGUUGGGUAACAGGGCUGAUACAGAUUGAAAGUCGGAUUAAGGAUCAUGGCGUGAUAACUAGGCUUCCAAUAGCAAUUCCCUAUUUUUAUUACCAGCCAAUACCAAUUCUGUUAAAAACAUCAUCAAAGAUCGAUCUCUCUUCUAAUUAUUGCUCUUCUUCAAACUAAACCUCAAAACAAACGAACAAUCAACCAAUCAAACAUGGGAUUUGGGAGGAAAAAAGCAUCCUCAUCAGCAAAAACUUUUCCACCGAGAGAAGACACACCUCUCAUAGCCAAGUCCACGCCUUUAUCAUCUCAAUCGAAGACUUUUGCAAAUGUCUUCAUUGCUAUUGUCGGUGCUGGUGUUCUUGGUCUCCCUUAUGCUUUCAAACGCACAGGUUGGCUAAUGAGUCUUAUUAUGCUUUUCUCUGUUGCUGGCUUAACUCAUUAUUGUAUGAUGUUGUUAGUCAAUACUCGUGGAAAGCUUCAAUCUUUUUCUGGUGGAUUCUCAAAGAUUACCUCUUUUGGUGAUGUGGGUUUCACUGUUUGUGGUUCUAUUGGGAGGUUUGUUGUUGAUGUUAUGAUUGUCUUGUCACAAGCUGGAUUUUGUAUUGGUUAUUUGAUAUUCAUUGCUAAUACUUUGGCUAAUCUAUUCAAUUCGCCAUCACCUAAUGGCCUGGCUUCUCAAAUUCUGGCCCUUUCAAUGUCAGCUAAGAGUUGGUAUAUGUGGGGUUGUUUUCCUUUUCAGUUGGGGUUGAAUUCUAUUGCAACGUUGACCCAUUUGGCUCCUCUGAGUAUUUUUGCCGAUGUUGUUGAUCUUGCUGCCAUGGGAGUGGUGAUUGUUAAGGAUGUUUUUAUAAUGAUGGAAAAUAGGGCUGAAGUUAGAGCAUUUGGAGGUUUGUCUGUGUUUUUCUAUGGGAUGGGUGUGGCUGUUUAUGCGUUUGAAGGGAUUGGCAUGGUUUUGCCAAUAGAAUCUGAAAUGAGAGAGAGGGAAAAGUUUGGGAGAAUCCUAGGGCUGAGCAUGGGGCUUAUUUCAGUGAUAUAUGGAGCUUUUGGCGUGCUGGGUUACUUUGCUUUUGGAAAUGAUACUCAGGAUAUUAUCACUGCUAAUUUAGGGCCUGGACUCAUUAGCCUCUUGGUUCAAUUGGGUCUUUGUAUUAACCUGUUCUUUACAUUUCCUUUGAUGAUGAACCCUGUUUAUGAGAUACUGGAGAGAAGGUUUUGGGGUGGAAGGUAUUGUUUGUGGCUUAGAUGGGUAUCCGUUUUGUUGGUUACUUUGGUGGCUCUAAUGGUGCCGAACUUUGCCGAUUUCAUGUCCUUGGUGGGGAGUAGUGUAUGCUGUGGGCUGGGAUUUGUUUUGCCAGCUUUGUUUCACCUGCUCGUGUUCAAGGAGGAGAUGAGCUGGAAAGGGUGGAGUAUUGAUGUAGGGAUUGUGGCCUUAGGCCUUGUUCUUGCUGUUUCUGGGACAUGGUAUGCUCUCAUGGAGAUCUUUGCUGUCAAGGUAUAGGGUGUGUUCUUCUUAGAGUAUGGCUGGUGUGAAUUAUAGCAGUAAGCGAGUUCCUAUCCCCAUUCUUUUGUAGACACGUUGCGUUAUUAUUAUCUCUUCACUGUGAAACUACCUUGUCGAUCUGGAAAUUGUGUCUGAUUGUUAGAUAGGAUGUUUGUAGGAACAUGGAUUCUAUAUUGCUGUCAUUUUUCUGGUGUAACUUGAGAGUACAUAGCAAACAGGAUUUUAAGGAAA